AUGGGAAGCUCACGGGGACGGGGACAGCCAAAGAAAACGGUGUCACCGCCACCGAAGCUCACCAUUCCUCAGACGACUCAGCCAGAACAAAGCCAGGACACCAAUGAACCACAUGCGAAGCAACAUUCACAGCACGUGGAAGCACUUAUGGGUACAAAAGAACAAGCUGAACAACGCAAGCUUUGGGUUGAUGUUUUGAACGACAAUCGCAAUCCAUCCAAAGGUGUGGCGAUGAAAUAUGUUCCCCCUUCAAUUGUUGCUGGGGAGAUUCAAAUUACUAUUGAAGACGAGGAUGUUGCAACAGAACUGAAAUUUUGGGAAAAUUCCUUGAUCAUGUAUGUGCUGGGAGGGGAUCUCAGUAUGAAUACAGUGAAGAAUUUUAUGGAAAGAAUGUGGAAUUUCAUCAAACUUCCUGAUAUACACUACCACGAGGAAGGAUACUUCAUCCUCAAAUUUCAAUCGCAUAUGGAUAUGGAUCAAGUGAUUUCUAUUAUUAAUGAUAGAAAUGGUGCUAAAUUGGUUCAACCUAUUGAAUACGAGUGGAAACCAAAAUUCUGUGAGCAAUGUCAACGGUUUGGUCACAUAUGUGAGGCUCCAAAACCUGUCAAAGUAUGGCAACCAAAACAGAAACAGAAGGCUGAACAUGUACGAAUUGAUGAUGUAGAACGGAUGACACCAGCUAUGGCUGCUGCUGAACCUAGUAGUACACCAACAACUGAAGGCACAAAUCUACAUAUACAGAAGAAUGCUAAUCUUGAGAACUGGACUACAAGUACUAAAAGUGGAAGGGAUAAACACAAGAGCACCCCAAAGGAUAAAGUUCUAUUAAAUUGUACCAAUGGAUUUGGUCUGCUGGGGGAUAUGAAUGUCUCAAAAAUGUUGGUCGACGGUGAUCCAUGCUAG